CGGCGAGUGGCCACCACCGCUCUCGACCGCCGCGUCUCCGCCGGGCUCCGCCAUGGAGGCGCAGCAGCCAGCCGCGCCGCACGUCGCGCGGCCCCUCGUGCACGCCGACGAGUACGGCGAGGUGGACGCCACCAGGUACCCGGCGCCGAAGGAGGCGACCCACAAGGUGCGCGGCCGCAGCGACCUGCUGGAGCUCCUGUGCGGUCCGGACGCGGUCGACCCCGAGUUGCUGACGGUCAAGACUUUCUACUUCUUCUUUUACUCGGCAUUCGGCUCGCUUUUCCCAUUGAUGGGCGUAUACUUCAAGCAGAUGGGCAUGAACGCGGGCCAGUGCGGACUGCUCAUCGGCACGCGACCUUUUGUCGAAUUCCUGUCGGCACCGUUCUGGGGGAGUCUAGCGGACAGGUGGCAGAAAGGCCGUGUGCUUCUAUUGGCCUCGCUCGGAGCUUGGGUGGUCUUCACACUGCCGCUGAGCUGGGUGCAGCCCGCAGCCGUGGCAUGCGUGCAGCCGAUGAACAAUAACUCCUAUGAAUUGGUUUCUCCAAACUACGACGAAGAAUGGCCAGCCACAAGGAAAUUCAAAGGACCCGCAGCAGGCGGUCGCGAGGGCUCACCGCUCCCGGUCAGUGAUGCUAAAAAUUACGAUCCAGAAAAAAAUAGCGACUGGGUUACGCCCCUCCACUCGUACAUCGUGUACCGGACUCCCGACAUACAGAAGACGUUCUUUCUUCUUCUGUUACUGGUGGUUAUUGGCGAAUUCUUCAGCGCGCCCGCUAUAACACUCGCCGACUCGGCUGUUAUAACGCUCCUGGGGGAAGAUGCUGACAGGUACGGCCAUCAACGAAUGUUCGGCUCCCUGGGCUGGGGGCUGGCCAUGUUCUUCGUGGGCAUCGCACUGGACCACAGCACCGCCUUCAGCUCGCACCCGUGCGGUGGGCCGCAACGAUACGAAAAAAAUUACACCAUAUGCUUCGCCACGUUCUCCGUGCUCAUGGGGGCUGCACUUAUGACCGCGUCGCAGAUAAGGUUCAAAUACGAGUUCGCUAGUCCGGAGGUGCACACGGCGGAGGCACCGGCGGCGCCGUCCGAGCCCACCCACGAGGAGAAGCUGCAGCAGCAGUUGGCCGAACAGCUGCAGCUGCCGGGGCUGGACACCAGCGCGCCGCAGGCCCGCCAGCCACCGCUGCAACAUGCCAAGGUGUUCGCGCAGACGACGCGGGAGAUGCCCGAGUGGGUGACGGUACUGCGCCAGUUCCAAAACGUGAAGGCGGCCUCGUUCCUGCUGGUGGCCUGGUUCAUGGGCUUUGGCAUCGGCCUCAUAUUCACGUUCCUUUUCUGGCAUCUUCAGGACAUCGGCGGGUCGCCCACUCUCUUCGGCGUCGCUUCCGUCAUCAAUCACAUCUCGGAGAUCUUCGCGUACUUCUUCAGCUUCAAGCUCAUUACUCAAAUGGGCCAUGUUAAGGUGCUGUGCCUGGGCCUGGCGGGGAACGUGCUGCGCUUCCUGUACAUCUCGUGGCUGGAGGACCCGUGGUGGGUGCUGCCGUUCGAGUUCGUGCAGGGCGUGACGCACGCGGCCGUGUGGGCCGCCUGCUGCUCCUACAUCGCGCACGGCGCGCCGCCCGGGCUCCGCUCCUCCGCCCAGGGCGUCUUACAAGGCCUACACCACGGCCUGGGGCGCGGGUGCGGCGCGGUGCUGGGCGGCAUAGCGGUGGCCAAGUGGGGCACCACGCGCACGUUCGCGGGCUACGGGCUGCUGUGCGCGGUGGCGCUGGCCGCGUUCGCGUUCGUGAACUUCCGCGGGGAGCCGGAGGCGGAGGUGGGGGGCGCGGGCGCGGACGAGGAGGCGCGCGCGGUGGCGGAGGCGGGCGUGCUGGCCCCCCACGGGGUGCCCUCCAACCCGCUGCCGAGGGCGCUCUCCUCCACGCGCCUCGCGGACCUCGCCCACCACGACUCGUACGGCGCCACGCAGAGCUACAGCGGUGCAGAGAGUCUGAGCGUGCCGGGGCAGGGCCCGCAGCCGCCGCCCUCCAGGCCCGCGAACCCGUUCCUGGCAGACCAACAGUCGGCACCCGCCUACAGAUAAACAGGAAGCUCCACGCGGCACCCCUAACAUUGCAUUAUUUUUUCUCACUAGAGUUGAAACGUUCAGUGAUCGACUGCAGUCAGCUGCACCGGACAGAAGUUACAUUAACACCGUCGCAGCGCUCCACUCCGUGCUUGUAACUGUUAUAUGUUAGAGCUCGAUGGUGAGUUGUCCUAUUUUCGAUGUGGACUGUGCUGCAGUUAGUCUGUAGUUAGCACACACCAAGCACAACCUAGGGCUCGUCCCCCGCCGGCCCGGUGGCGGCCGGGGACGCCGCGCCGGGCUGGACCGAAUGACCGAAUUUACUCGUAAAGUUUUCCCGAAGUGUAAGGUGGAUAUAUAUUUAUCUGAAGUGUCGUGACGUGUCGUGUAGUGACAAGUUUCCACAUUUAUAUGUGAUGUUUUGCCGCCUUCUUACGAUAUAUUGAAUCAAUAGCUGUAGCUCAGUCGUAGUAACUCCGACGCGUCACAAUACAACACUGUCGCUCGUACAUUUGCUGACGUGUCAUGGCGUUCGCACACCCCUCCGCUCUGACUCGGCCGGGAUCGUUGAUGAGACACAACACAUCAUGUACACACACAUACACUAAACCGAAACCGUUCUAAAGAGUUAUGUCACGAGUCACGACACAUCACACAAUCAUAAAUCCACCUUUAGUGUAACUAAAUGUUAUAGUACCUAUAUAUAAUAUUUAAAUUCAACGAUUUUAGAUAUAUCGUUAAUUUUCAAAGUUUACUAAAAUAUUGUGAAUUAUUUUAAUGUGGUAUAAGUUUUUAACUUACCUACAUAAUAACGACAAAAACUUGUGUGUGUUUUAUGAUGGCAUACAAUUUUCGUUUCGAGUAAUUAUAUACGAAUAAGUGUAGCCGAGCACAGAUCUGUACCUGCUGUAGGUUCUA